AUGGAUACAAAAGUCAAUUUAUACAUGGAUCUUUGCAUGAAAGACGUAUCUGAGAAAGAGAGAUGCAGAGCUUUCUUAUAUAUCAUUGGUCAAGAUGGCAGAGAUAUCCACAGCACAUUUGAUUUUGAGACGAGCGAACUAGACAAAAUAAAACCGUUAAUACAAAAGUUUGAAGAUUAUUGCAUACCGAAGCAGAAUACAACAAUGCAGCGAUAUAAAUUUGAUAAACGUGUGCAAGGCGAAACCGAAUCAGUUGACCAAUAUGUUACAGAACUAUGGCUUUUGGCGAAAAACUGUCGUUUUGGAGAACUACAAGAAGAGAUAAUUCGGAAUCGAAUCAUCUGUGGCAUAAAAGCGGAUAGACUUCAAGCUCGAAUGCUUCGAGAAGACAAUUUAAUUUUAGACAAACCAUUAGCAUACUGUAUGUAA